AUGGAUUUACUUAAGCACGAUAUGAAGGGUCCAACAAGACCAGCUCCCUCAGUUCCCAUGCUGAAAAGUGUGAAUCGCUAUUCACCUGUGACAAAUUGGAAUGAUGAUCCAUUUGGAGCAGAUGUUUUUGAACCAACUCCCCAGUAUGCCCAGAAAAAGAAGCCACCACCACGCCCACCACCACCAAAGCUAUCACGGCAACCUGAGACAUAUCCAGUAUUAAAAGGCCCAACUAUUAUUCGAGCAAAACCAACGAGGCCUAAACCACCCGAGAAUGUUGCAUUACUUAAGAAUAAUUUUGGAAGCAGUUUUUCCAUUACCUCCAUGAAUGUAAACACAACAGUGCCAAUUCAGAAAGUUAGCAAUGGUCUUAUAGACAGUUACGAUUCGAAACAGAUCAGAUGGGAUCAUGAAAGCUCACCAGAAAGGGAGGCCUCCCCUCCAAUGCCAACUAUACCACCGCCUCCGCCACCGCCAGAUGUCGACGAUGAUGUGGUCCCGUGGGUCGAAGACCAAGAGUUCCUAGCCGAGAACCUUCUAGACGAACAAUACGUCCCAGACUCCAGUGUGCCGCAUGCCGUUGCGCUGUUCGACUAUUACACAGACCACGAGGAGGAUCUUAGUUUUUCGGCGAACUCCACGAUAUAUCUCGUGAGGCGGGUCAACGAGGAAUGGCUCUGCGGGCGGCUGGGGAGCGUCGAGGGCCUGUUCCCGUCGAGCUACGUCGAGGUGAAAGUUCCGUUGCCCAACGAUUCUGUCACGACGCCCACCCUCGGAACGGCCGUCGCGGUCUACGACUUCGAACCGGUGCAGCCGGGCGAUCUGCGCUUCUCCACUGGCGACCGCAUCCGCGUAACGCACAGGCUCAACGAGGAAUGGUACUUCGGCGAAUGUAACGGUCUCAGAGGUCAGUUUCCCGCCAACUAUGUGCAAAUGAGUUGG